AUGCUAAAAGCUUUAAAUAUUCAACUUCAAUAUAAUGCAGCAAUGUCUUCAGUUAAUAUAGAAAAAUUUCAUAAGUUAGGACAAAAAGGAGAUAAAGAUGCAUUGGUAGAGUUAAUGAAUGAUAUUGAUGAAUCAGAAAUAGAGGACCUGGUUAAAGCAUUGCUGAGAUCUUCAAACAUCACUGAAACAUGGAAUUACAUACUAAUUUCGUUUUCCGAAAGCCCGGAAAGCCACCAAAAACGUUUAACAUUAGUUUUUUCCAUAUUAAGGGAGCUGGAGAAACGGGAUAUAUCCCAAACGAGUAUUAACGCAGUCAUAACAGUUUUAUGUCUAGAGCUAGGAAAAUUCAUACCAGGCGAUUUAGCCAAAAUAUGCCAUUACUGUUUGGAAGAAAUCCGGUCGAGCAAGCCCACAAAAUUCGUUUGGAAAGACCUUCUACCCAAAAUACUGGAAGUUCUAGCAAAUAAAGACAUUUUCACCUACGACGAAUUGGAUUACACAGGCGAAGAAUACAAAACAGACUUCAUAAAUAGCGUUUGUAUGAGUCCAUGGUCUCCGGAAGUUCUAACCCCUUUGACCCAACUCUUCAUAGAUACGCCUCUAAGCAAAGAGGAGCACCUGAAAGUUACCACGAAAUUGUGCUCGUAUAUCAAGAAAAUGUCCCCUCAAGAGCUCCCUCCGUUCAUCUACCAACUGUUGCAGUUCUGCAAACAGCAAAAUUGCAAGCACGUUUUCAUGAAACUCCAGAACUACUUUACCCUGAAGAUCUACAAAAACGCCAACGUCGGAACCGAAGACUCCCCCGAUUCCAACUCUUUCUUCGACACGAUAGAAUCGACCGACAACGCCGAUUGCAUAGAAGCCGAAAGCACCAUUCUGUUCCACAUACAUCGAGCCGCUUCGCUGGGGUACGAGUGCAUCAGAGAGUACUUAAGCUUCCUCAAAAACAUGGUCAAAGCGCCCGAGCACGUAUUGAACGCGUUCCAACUGACGGUGCUGUUCACCAUAUCGAACAGCUACGAAGAAACCAUUUUCGAAAUAAUACGGUCGUGCGUGGUUAGAAUUUACAACGAAGAUAAGAAGCGGGCGCACUCCUCGUGGUACAGGGAAAUGGUACCGUCGACUAUCAAGCUCGAAGAAGUCAUAUCGCAGGUCGUUCACUUCAGCGUAGAGGACAGGGAUCUGGCUUUAUCGGGUUUGAUUAAUUUCGCAUUCGUACUGCUUGGAGUGGGCUCCGCUCUGGGGCAAGACGUCGUCGCUGAGAAGCAGUGGUCACUAGGUAUCGCCAUAUUACUGAAGAUCGUGAAGAGGAAGAGAAAAAUCGCCUCUACCAUUAUCCAAACGCUUAGCAUGAACAUUGUUUCGAAACAGAACGUUUCUCAGUACAUCGAGUGCCUGUAUUUGAUAUCCAGAAGCAUGCCUUUGUUGAUACUCGAAAACCAGAGGAACAUAGAGGAUUUGCUGCAGAUUACUACGGACAAACAAUUGUUCGAUGCCUUAAUACCGCUCACGAAAUUCUCGCUGACCGUACGAGACAACCUAUUGAUCUAUUUAAGGAAAGGAUUGUAUUCUCGAUCGAGCGAAACCGUGCAAAUAUCCGUUAGCGGUUUCUUAAAACUACUCACUAAUUUGAAGAUAACUGAUGCCGUUACGCUCAGUCAGAACAGCGUGCAAUCUUUUUCAUCCGGAUAUUCCGUAUUUACUCAAUUAUCCUACAAAACCACCCAAAACACCGUAGGAAAUUUCAACAACGAAGCCUUGUGCUUCCAAAUAUUAAACAUUCUCAAUAAAUGUUUAAUGAAGCAAGCCGAUAUCAAAUCGCAAUUGUACGAAGGUUUGUACGAUGCAGUCGAUUUCAACGCAGCUCUAGGCGUACCGGUCCUCGAUCUUCUUUGGUUCCAUCUCGAGAAAUACAUUAUUUCCGAAGAUACUCUGCCACCGGUUGAUUUCGAAAAGCUAAUCACCUGCAAAGAAGCGCAAGCUAUAUCAGCGGAGCCCUUAGGUAAAUUAAUAUUCGCUGGAGGUCUCAUAUGCGCUAAGGUUGUAGAGCAAGAAGACAACAACUCUGGUAAUGUAGACAAGUUUAUUAAGGUCCUAGACGAGCUUUCGCAGAAAAUGGUUAACUGCGAACUGGUGCAUUUCGAAUUAGAUGACGGUACUGAUUUGCUGGACGACGUUCCGGAGAGCCAGAAAAAGCUGUUGGUCCUUAAAGAAGCUUUGUGCAUUUACGAGGCUUUGAUGGGGUAUAAAAUAUACUCGUGGAACGAGAAAUCGGAGAGACAAGGCCUCGCAGUUAACAGCCUAUUUCAAGGGUACAAUCGGUUGGUUCAAUUCAGCAAGUCGCUCUCCAAGCCGAAGAAAGCGGGCGUGAAAAGGAAGAAGAACGCUGAUAAAACUACGCAGGAAACGCAAGAAAGCGCGUCGAAAAAAUCGAGCAAGAAUAUAAAGCUUCCUGAUUUUCUUUGGAAUUUCCAAACGGUUAAAAAAGCCUUAGAAUUGCUGUAUGAACCACAAUUAUCCUGGACGACCGUUUCCGAGGCAAACGUAGUUCGCACGAACAAAGAACUUCAUCAGCACCUUAUGGGGACUGUUUUGCACUUAGCUCAGACCAGCAAGCACAAAAAAGAGCUAGACACGGCAGUUAAAAAGCUACAUUUCGACCACAUAACUGCCAUAGCUACGAUUAUUUACAAAAGAAUCAUCAAGAAACUCGCGGAAUUUACAGAUUUCGAUGCGCCGACGGCGGUUUUAGCCAUGGAAUGCUUCAAUCUUCUGAUCAACCUAAUCAUCAACCAGUACAAAAAUAAUCUGAGCUCAUUCCUGAACACAGUUGCCUUUGAUGAGCAAGCCCAGGAUCUGGUGAAACCUCUGAGAGAGAUCAUUCAAAUAUACCAAGAGAUUUACGAAAACGAAGACUUCAACGACGCAGUCGACUUGGAGAUGAAGAAAAUCCCACUGAUCGCCAUUAACACUCUGACUACGCUAGUUAACGAAAUUCCCACUUCGGAAACUGAUUUAUCCAACAACGUUCUAGACUGGUUGAAGAAUUUCGCCUGCAAUAACACGCUUACUUUAAAAACCUCCACGGCGUUCGUGAAUUUAUUUUUUAACACUCACCUAAAAUACAAAGUCAGCUUGGCUCUGCUUAACAGCAUGUCGGUGAGCAUCAGGGAGAUGAUUGAUGUCAUCACCGAGGAAGAGCAAACUAUAGAAAGCUUUAAAAUUAUAAACGAGUCGUCAGUGCAUCACAUUUUCUUGUCUCUAUGCAACAUAGUCGGUAAAUUUAUUUUGGACGAUAUCGACUCGAUAAUUCUCCGCCUGAAGUCCGAGCACUCGGUGCUCAAGUUCGACGACAACUACGAAAACAGCAAGAAGAAUUUCAAGUUAAAGGAGAAAGGAGUGUGUUGUCAGUUGUAUUUCGUAGUAGACAUCCUGACGAACUUGGCGAAUCUCCAAAUACCCUCCGGCAACCUUUCGGAGUCCCUCUUCAAGAGCCUCAUACUGCUAUACGGCAGCUUGAGCUCUCUAACGAAAUAUUUCAACAGCCGCUUCACCAAAACCGACACGUUUCAAGACGCGAGAUUCGAGAAACUGGUGAGGCUCUCCGGGAAGCAGCUCUCUCCCGCCAUCUACAAGUUCAUCCUCUAUUUGGAGGAGAACAGGAAGGACUCGCAGAACACUCAGGCGAAGAAAAAGGCCGUGGACGCCAGCGCAUUGAAAUCGCGAGUGCUCAGGGAGACCAGGCUGAUACCGACGGUGAUAUACGAGAUCGAGCAAUUCAGCAAAUGCGUCACGCAGCUGUCCAAUAAGAGCAAGACGGAUCUGAGCAAGUACGUCGGGCAGGGCGUCGUGCGCGAUUUCAGGAUAAUGGAUUUGAAGGAAACGCUGAAAGACAGGCAGGACGACGAGCCGUCCGUGUCCUGCGAUAACGAAACUUCUAUGGACGAAUCCAGGACUGAUGGUAAUACGGACGCGGGGGAUACCACCGAGGUUAAUCCUGAAACUGACGAGGACAGUGAUAAUGAGUGUCCGGUUACUAAAAAAACGAAAACUUAA